AGUUUCAAAUACUUUUGUGUUUGUUGUGUACGUGCUAACUACAAAGUGUUAAAGUUUUACUAAACUUUUAAAAUAUACCAUGAAACUCUAUCGUUAAUGCAUUAAUUACAUGUUAUGUGUUCUGUGUCGCUCAGUUCCCAACUCAAGAACCUGGAAUCGGAUCAUCAAUAAAAUCUGAUUAGAUGGCGUAGUAAAGCAGCGACAGAUAUCCCUCACAAAUGUUAAUAAGCCUGAUGGAAGGCGACACGAUAGCCACGAACACUCUCAUAUCAUCCAUAAAAAAAUUCAACAGCGACGGCAGGCAACACGGCACUAUAAAAGCUCUAUUGAAGAACUUCAUAUUACCAGAAACAGAAAUGGCUAUAAAAGAGACUCAAAACAGUGGCAAUAAAUAUAUAUACUCAAUACCUGCUAAACCGCCUUUACCCACAAUGACGGACCGAAUGAAAUCAAUAAAUGACGCAAAACAGGCAUUCUUAAAUUCCACGGUCAGCUCCCCUGCACCUGUCACUUAUCAAACAGAGAAUUAUAAACAUACAGUCCACUACGCACAAAUCGCUAUAACAACAGAUAGUGAAGACUCCAGGAGCACUGGCGGAGGGCGAAGCAUGAAACAUUUGAGCGCUACAAAUAACAAACAAUACAGCAUUCCAGUUAAUGUAUCCCCGAGUAUAAGGAAAACAAUGGAACCACAACAGAGAAAAGUUAGCUUUAAAAUAAAAAAUGCUACCACUUCCUAUAAACGACCACCCCUAGCUAAAACGAUGACUAUAACAAGCAGUAAAGUAGCAGAACUAACAAAGAAAUUCAACAACUUAGAAUCGGAGUCACAUAUUGCAUCAUUCAAACAAUCGAAACUUGCAAAGACUUUAGAGGAAUUACAAUCCGCAUCACGAUGUUCAGCCAGUAACAGCUCCACACCCUCGUCAACACUCAGCUCAAGUCCAAACAUUAAAAUUGUACUGCGACACAGGCGAGGUUCCAAAAAACGCAACAACAGAAAACGAUGUUCGAGUAUGGAAUCAGUCGACGAUUUACUAAUUGCAGACAGUUCAAACAAGAUUCGCAUUAUACGGUCCAAAUCCGAUGGUACAAAAAUGCCGAAAACUACAAAGAAACGUUUAAAGUAUCAAGAUUCAAGCGAACAACCAAGUGGGUCAGAUUCUGUUGAUGGCAGUCCGAUAAAAGUUAAAGAAGUAGAAGCAAAAAAAGACUCCAAGCCAACAGAAAGUAACGUAGUCAAAAAUGUUAUUAAGAAAUUCGAAUGUGAAAUUACAGCUCAAUCAAAUUCCAGCAAUACGUUCAAAAGAUUACCUGAUAAAACUAAGAGUACAACACCUGUUAAAGAAAAACCAAAAGUACCUGAAAAGAAAUCAUCACUAGUGUUAACCAAAAACCUUGUUGUGAAGGAUGGCAUUCCAAAAAUAAAGACGAUCAAACCCAUUAUAAAUGAAUUAGCCAAGCUAGAUAAUACAAAGGACCAAAGCCCACAAACUGUUAAGAGGAAAGAACCCCUGUACGACCGAAAAAGGUACAAAACGAACUACAUACACUCCGAAAAAUUACCUCUAAAAGUCGUUGAAAUAAUCCCAGAAGAUAUUCACGAAGGCAAUGCAGUAACAGUUACAGUUAGUAAUGACCAGAAAGAAGAAGUUCCAACUAUUAACAUUAUUACGUCUAAUGAAGGAGAAAAAGCAUAUCAGGAUAUCAACCCAUCAAUUACUCCUAACGAAUCAUUCCUGUGGCGCCGGAAAAGUAGUAGUAGUACUCAAAUAUAUUCAGAUUCUGAAAAAUCGGAUAACUCAUAUAGCUUCGUUAGUGUUACUAUGAAUGGCUCGACGAUUAGUUGUUCGGAUGAACCACAAGAAACCGCCCCAGAACAAUCUCAAGUUGAAUCAAAUGAAGUUCAAGUGAAUAUUUCCACUAGUGAACAGAAAUUGGAAUCCAGUGAGGAUUUCGAAUGUAAUCUCGUUGAAGCUUGCAAUAAUGAAAUUAUAAUAGGUUUCACGUCUAAGCCCAAACAAGAGGAAGUAGAAGAUUAUUACGAACCUUUAGAACCAAGAGACAACGAAAACAUUGUUGUAAUUCCGAUUAAAAGUGUAGACAGGACUUCUAAAAUAAAUUGUCCUUUGCCGGAAAUUCCUAAGAUUGAUAAAAAUGUGGACGAAGAUGACGCUACGGAAAAAGACAAUAUUUACCAAUGCUUACUGGAAAUGAGAUCACAUCCCGAAGGUGAUGAGAGUAGUCUACAUAACUAUGAGCUUUGCGAUAACGAACUUGAAGAGAGAACUCGUGGUGAUGGCGACAGUGACGAUGGGUAUGAAUACUGCAAGUCACCUGACAAACCUUACUGCUUAACUUCCAGCUCUGGUAUUCAAAUAGCCGAAGAUUUCCAGCCUUUUGGCAAAAAUAACAACAAGAACUAUAAGAUCUCAAAGUCAGUAAGUGGGACAUCUACUGUAAGCUAUGAAAAAAUUGGAUCAGAAAGGAUUUAUGAGAAAAUCCCUGCUAGGACUGCAAAGUGUAAGAAUAGCAGUCCUACAUAUAGUAGCAGAAAUUCUUUUAUAUCUGACUAUACCGUGUACAACGAGAGCGAAAACAUAUAUGACACCAUAAAGCAUGGCGACGCAACAUCACUAUCGCACUGCUACGAGAGCAUACCUAACAGCCCCAGUAUGGUAAAAAUGCGCAAUGAUAUGAAGAAGGCGGUGUCCAAUGUGCAGAAGCGUCUCUCAUUUGACACGGUAUCGAACAUCAGCCAGUCGACGAUGUCCAGCGAGCAGAAGACCAACAGCCUGUACGGUCAGAGAUCGGUGAUCAGCUACAAUGGUCAGGAGAUAGCGUUCCAAGUACCUAGUAGCGAGACCAGUGUGAGCGACAGGAGCGAUCGCAGCGACGACUGGGUCGACGUGUCCGACGAAGAAAAAAAUGAACAGAAGAUCAUUAUCGUGCGCGAGAGAAGUCGUGGCAGGAAGAGUCCGAUCAGCUGGUCGCAGAAAGUUCGACAUCAGUGGCAGAAGUCGCCGAAACCAAACGACGUUGAUAAAGAAUGUGACAGCAGUGAUUCUGGCCACUUGUACGAGUCGCUGGAGCCGGCGCCCGCUCUCCACCCUCCUCACUCCGCCCCUCCCCUGCCCCUGGAGGAAGACUUCGACUCCUUCGAUAGUGAUACGGACACUGAUGAUCACGAUAAGUCCUCGUACGCCCCUGCAGCACCCACGUUACCCGCAUCGAGACUUCCCAACCCGCCUACUGGCGGAGGACAAUACACCCUGACGAAAAUAGCCAGCGCCGCGCAAAGAAAAAUGAGGCAAAUCAAGAGAAAUCUCACCAAGAGAUAUUCGGUGGCGAUGGACAACAAACCGUUCACGAAAGCGUCUAACAAUCAGACGAAUAUCUAUGACACGGCGAAGAAAAAAUCCCCUAUAUACGCCAACUGUGAGAGACACGAGCCAGUAUACACGAAUAUCAGCUUUAACGACUCGCGAACUGUGCUAAAUAAGACUGAAAUUCCCUUGACAAAGGUGUAUGGGUCGUUGAAAGAGGAACUGAAGACUGUUAUUUCUGACAAGAGGGGUAGUAAUGGGGACGUGCCGCCCCCGCUGCCGGACAAGCCUCCUCCUGAGAAGCCGGUGACGCCCACCAGUGAGACCAGUAAGAAGGAUGGUGGGACGCUGUCGAGGAAGGCGUAUUUUUCAUUCAAGUCGAGGUUCCGACGAGCGACGUCGCUGGCUGUGGACAUCAAUUCCGAUGUACCCAGUGCCCUCAAGAUCACCAACUCUACUUUCUACUUGACUGACUCGAUGGAUGGUGACUCCGGAUUUAGCAAUUGCAGCGACAGCGGGCAGCCAGGCAGCACGGAGACGCUGUCACCGGAGAGUGCCCCUCGUCGCCGCGACGAAUUGAAGCGGCUGCUGCCGACGCUGUCGCGCAAGGACAAGAGCCCGCGCGCGCGCACCUCGUGGUACGCCGAGUGCGGCGCCGACACCACGCCCAGCUCGACGCCUAACACUUCCACUACUUCUUGGUACGCAGAAGCAGGGUUAUACCAGGCGGGGAACAUCUCGUCUUCAUCAGGUGCGUCGUCAGGGUCGCACCCGGCCAGCCCGCUGCCCCACUCGCUGUUCACCCACGAACCGCUGUACCAGUUCUACAACGCAGCUAAAGUUGAGUCGGUGUGCCGUGAGACCGGGGACUCUGACUCGGACGCUUACGAGGCAGGGUCUCAGCGCAGCGCCAACACUUCAGCCAGCGAGUCUGCGCCAUCGCGACCUUCGGCAAUGGCGCUGGUGGCGCCGCGCGGCCCCUCGCGCACUCUGUGGUGCGAGGUGCCGGAGGUCCUCAAUUCUGCUGUGCUUAGUUCCCUAGCCCCCGCACAGAAGCGUCUUCAGGAAGCGAAGUUCGAGCUCCUGACAUCAGAGGCGUCGUACCUGAACUCGCUGAACGUGCUGGAGGCGAACUUCAUCGCGCACCCCGCCUUCCGUGACCCUCAUAUCAUGCCGCGAAAUGACUGGGAGACACUCUUCGCUACUAUACUACCUGUUCGUAAAUGCUCGCAGCUGUUGAUGAACGAGUUGGAGAAGUGCUGGCAGGACAACAUCCUGCUGCAAGGCAUCUGCGACAUCGUGCGACAACACGCGGAGCAGCACUUCAGCGUCUACGUCAAGUACUGCGAGAAUCAGGCGCUCAUGGUCAAAGCGCUGCAGCGGCUGCAAACCAAACCUGCCUUCGCGAAUGCGCUUAAAAAACUAGAAAGCCACCCGUCAUGCCAGUCCCUCUCCCUGCACUCGUUCCUGAUGCUGCCGAUGCAGCGCGUGACGCGGCUGCCGCUGCUGAUGGACGCCGUGCUCAAGAACCUCAACAGCGAAGACCUGGAGUACCACGCCUGCGCCAGGGCACUCGUCACGCUUAAUAACUACGUGUCCCAGUGCAACGAGGGUGCGCGGAACACAGAGCGAAUAGAGGAGAUGUGGCGCCUCUGCCGCAGCAUCGAGUUCCCCGCGCACGUGCGCCAGCCGCCCGCGCUCGGGCCCGCCUGCUCGCGCCGCGACCGCCGACCGGUCCGUUGGCUGGUGCGGUCGGGCGAGAUGACGCAGCUGGUGUGGAAGUCCGACGAGCUGAAGCUCACGUUCGGCAAGAAGUUCCACAAGGUGCCGCUGCACCUGUUCCUGUUUAACGACCUGCUGGUCAUCGCCAAGAAGAAGGGCGAGGAGCAGUUCGUGUGCGUGGACCACUGCCCGCGCUCGCUGCUGGAGGUGUGCGCGAGCGACGCGGGCGCCGCCGCCGCCAAGCACGCGCUGCUCAUCACGCUGCUCGAGAACCACGAGGGACGGACGCUAGAGAUGCUGAUGUCAUGCCCGAGUGAGACGGAGUGGUCCCGCUGGGCGGAGGCGCUGCUGCCGCCGGCGGCGGGCGAGGGCGAGGCGGUGUACGCGGGGUGGGACUGCCCGCAGGUGUGCGCGCUGUACGCGUACGCGCCCGCGCAGCCCGACGAGCUGCCGCUCGCUGAGGGAGACGUCGUUAAUGUCACCAGGAAGACUAGCGAAGGCUGGUACUACGGCGAGCGCACCCGCGACGGCGAGGCGGGGUGGUUCCCCGGCGCCUACACCGCCGAGAUCGCCUCCCCGCACGUGCGCGCGCGCAACCUGCGCCAGCGCUACCGCCUGCUCGCGCUCUCCGGCACCUACCUCGGACAGAAGAAGCGGAACAUAUAGCACAUGCUAAGCAAACUGCGACUCACUAAACACAACCUAUUUCAGCAUUCCCUAGGAAAUCAAAACUUAAUAGCGACUAAAGAAAUCUCCUCGCCGCGCAGAAACCGUUUUUACGUUAUCGCGGAAAAAGUCCGAAGAGAUAUGGCCACUAACAAGUAUGCCCAAAAAUUUGUCAUCAGCCGCCAUUAAGUUUGACGGGAACUAACCCAGGGGAUGACUCAAAUAGACAGUUCAGCUAAAGGUGAAAAAUAGUGCUAUUGAGGUAUAGACCUAAUGACCAAGUGUUUAGACGACAAACGUCACAAUAACGGUGCUUAAUCUGCCCUCUAUCGGCUGUUGUGUUACGCAUUUACUGCACAGCUGCAAGUCACUGCUACGGGAAAUGUAGUGAUUAUUUCGAGUGCGAGUGUUUCAAUAUCAUCACAUUAGAAUCUCACGAUUAUCUUAGGAAAUUGUUCUAAACUUCUUCCUUGUAAUUAAUAAAAAAUUGAGUAUUAUAAUUUUUUUUAUGUUUGAAGACAUGGUCCGUCCAGUCACUGCCUUAUAGGGGUAUAACUGUUAUAUCAGUAUACAGGUAUAUCAGUUAUGAACUAUGUAUAAUAUAUCGGCUUCGGAUCGAAGCGAUCCGACACGGCCAGGUGCUCACUUGUGAUAGUUCCGCUGUGUUGCCAGAACAAAAACAUUCAACCUUUAACAACUCUUUUUAAAUAUACUAUAUUACACAAAUAUAUUUCCGUUUUAACAAUAUUAUAUUUAAAGACAGUUUUAUGAAUAAUAAAAUGAAUUUAUCGAUCAGUUAUUAAUAAUUAGCGCUCUGCUUACGGUAGUUAAGUAAUACGUAGAUAUAUCAAGUGUACAGUUACGUAUGAGAUUCGCAGCAGUUUAUUGUACAGUAUAACAUUGUAAGACAUUUACUGAUUAGGUUAAGUUAUGUAUCGUUAAAUAACGCUUCACUUGCCCGCUGUAUUCGAAAAUUGCCUAGUCAUAACUAGCGGAUGAGUUGAUCAUGAAAUUAUCAAGUUAUUUAGUCAACAUUCCUUGGCUAGCACUAAGCUGGGAUUACAUUGGCUUAUGGGCUAAUUGAACAGGUUCACUCGUCGAACAUUUGAUAAUAUUCUUCAAUAUUUCAUGUGUGACGUAUCUCAUAGGCAGCCAAGUCAAUGUACUCUCCGGUUUAAUCUCGCACCAUAUCAUUAACAAGUAAAAGUUACGAUUGUAUUGUAUGUACUUAAGUAAAUUAUUGUGUAUAUAGAAUUAAGAAUCAAAUGUAACAAAUCAUGGAUGUUAUAUAUUUAUGGUAUGAUAAUAAAUGUAAUUACAUAAUUA